GGAAACGCGUGGUUGGCAUGCGCCCACAAGCCUCAACGAUGGCCUUUUUGUGGUUGUGCACUUGUUCGCUUACUUGUUUGGCUGUGGGUAGCACGGAUUUCUCGAGAUUCUGGCUCUCCAAUGGUUGCUCAGCUCGAACAAUCCAGUGAUCUGAAGUCUCGCCAACACCCAGGCCUGUGAAUUGAAAUAGGCACAUCGACAUAUUCUACGACUACACAUCUCUCAGCUUGCGAAGUUCUCAGACUCUGAGAUUUGUCAUCCACGAAGCCCGUCACCAUGGCAGCAGCCACCGCGUCCGCCAUCAGCAGCACCACCUUCGCCGGCCAGAGCGUGCUCAAGGGACAGAGCGAGCUCUCCAAGAAGGUCGGCAAUGUCGACGCCAGGAUCACCAUGAGGAGGACCAAGACCAGCACCCCAGAGAGCAUCUGGUACGGUCCCGACAGACCCAAGUUCUUGGGCCCGUUCUCUGAGGCGACCCCAUCGUACCUGACCGGAGAGUUCCCGGGAGACUACGGGUGGGACACCGCGGGGCUCUCGGCUGACCCCGAGACCUUCUCCAAGAACCGGGAGCUCGAGGUGAUCCACUCGCGCUGGGCAAUGCUCGGAACAUUGGGAAUGAUCUUCCCCGAGCUUCUGGCCAAGAACGGCAUCACCUUCGGCGAGCCCAUCUGGUUCAAGGCCGGGUCGCAGAUCUUCGCCGAUGGCGGUCUGAACUACCUCGGCAACGAGAACCUGAUCCACGCGCAGAGCAUUCUGGCCAUCCUCGGAUGCCAGGUUGUUCUCAUGGGCCUGAUCGAGGGUUACCGAGUGGGAGGCGGCCCUCUGGGCGCUGACCUCGACCCGAUCUACCCCGGAGGCGCUUUCGACCCCUUGGGUCUUGCCAACGACCCCGACACCUUCGCCGAGCUCAAGGUGAAGGAGAUCAAGAACGGCCGUCUGGCCAUGUUUUCCGCCUUCGGAUUCUUCGUCCAGGCCAUCGUCACCGGCAAGGGACCUCUGGACAACUUGCUGAGCCACAUCGCUGACCCCGCCACCAACAAUGCCUGGGCCUACGCCACCGCCUUCACCCCCGGCCAGUAAGCGCUGGACGCUCUGAGGGAUUUCGUUCAGUGGAUGGAUAUGCCGCCGGAGUCUUCGAUCUAUCGAUCGCUGGCGAGGCAAUGGAACGGAAUUGGAGCGAGCGCGGCUCGUGUACUAUGCGAACCUUGAUUGUACAGUUGCAAUUUUGCCUCCCACUUGAUCUCGUUUAGAAUGUAAUUGUAGAGCACGAUCACUGGGAUUUACUGAUGGACUCGUCGAUGUAUACCCAUAUAUAAACGAACCAUUUUCAAGUUGUUAUCUUUCC